AUGAGACAGUUGUACGAAUUAUUGGGUAUUUCGCAUAUUAAAACGUCGGUUUAUCAUCCAGAGGCUAAUGGUUUGGUUGAGAGAUUUAACGGCACUUUAAAACAUAUGCUUAAGAAAUUUGUAGCGAAUCAAAUUGAUAACUGGGAUAAGUAUUUACCGUAUGUAUUGUUUGCUUAUCGCGCAGUUCCGUGUCAGUCGACUGGGUACUCGCCGUUUGAAUUAUUAUAUGGGAGGAGUGUACGUGGGCCCUUCUCACUGAUUAAAGAAACUUGGGUUCGCAAAGAAUCUUUACCCAAAGACGCGAUAAGUUAUGUGUUAGAAGCGCGACGACGAUUAAGUCAAAUGCAAAGUAUUGUUCAUGCAAAUACUAAAAAGAGUCAAGCCAAACAAAAGAAGCUUUAUGAUCAGAAAAGUUCGCAUAGGAAAUUUCAGAUUGGCGAUAAAGUAUUGGUAUUGUUACCGACGCCUGGGAGUAAACUCGAAAGCAAAUGGCAGGGUCCUUACACUGUCACUAACGUUUGUACGAACGGCUUAAAUUAUGAAUUAGAUAGAGAAAAGGGGCGAAAACAAAAACGGACUUAUCACAUAAAUCUAUUAAGGCUUUGGAAAACCAGAGAAGAAAUGAAGUUGUCUACAACUGAGAAAGAGUGCUUAGCGAUAGUUUGGGCAGUUGAGACAUUUAGGUAUUAUCUGUUUGGAAGAAAAUUUAUCCUUCAAACGGAUCAUAACCCUUUAGUUUGGUUAAACCAGGUUAAAAACAAGAAUAGGAAAUUAUUGCGAUGGAGUUUAACCCUUCAGGAAUAUGACAUCGAAUUAGAACAUAAGUGUGGAGAGAAGCAUGUGAAUGUGGAUGCGCUUAGUAGAAUGCCAUAA